UGGCGGGCCGUAGUUCUGGACGAUGGGCAGCAGCUCGAGUUGUCCUUCGACGACCUCAGGGGCGCAUUCUACCUACUGCGAUUACCGAAGGCUUGGGGGCCGCUAUUCGCUUUCAACAUGGAGUUCGAGGCUUCCCAGCUGGGUCUUGCUGGCUGGGGCGACGAUGGUAUAUUCCAGGGGGCCGUCACGAUGCCUACGGGCUGGAAGAAUGCUAUUGGCAUAGUGCAGUACGUGCACCGCCGGCUUCAAGUCCGCAAGGACAGGUGCUCCCGGCCGCUGGUUGCCAGGCCGGACUUGGCGGCCCCCGCCCAGUCGGGCCAGGCCGGCCGUUUGGACCAGUUCCGGCAGCCUUAUUGCGACGACGCCGACUAUGCCCGCAUUGUCGGCGCCCGCCGCUGUUUCCAGGAGUCGAUCGAGACCGAGAUGGGCCCGGCGGAUGCCGCCAGGGCGCGAUACGCCGCGCGGGAGGUGCCGCCGCCCUCGACGAGUGGCACGCGGGUCCAGAGUGUCUGCCGCCUCGGCGCUCUC